AAUUUUAGUGUUAGUUUAUUUGUAAAUUUUGCUUAUAACUUUGUUACAAAUCUUGAAAAUGCCGAAAGUACGACGAAGUAGAAAGCCUCCUCCAGAAGGAUGGGAGCUUAUUGAGCCAACWCUAGACGAACUUGAUCAAAAAAUGAGAGAAGCUGAAACAGACCCACAYGAGGGGAAAAGAAAAGUAGAAGCAUUGUGGCCAAUAUUCAGAAUCCAUCACCAAAAGUCAAGAUAUGUGUACGACUUGUAUUAUAAACGCAAAGCUAUAAGUAAAGAGCUGUAUGAAUUCUGCUUAAAAGAAGGUCAUGCUGACAAGAACCUUAUAGCAAAAUGGAAAAAGCAAGGAUAUGAAAAUCUAUGUUGUUUACGGUGUAUUCAGACACGAGAUACCAACUUUGGCUCCAACUGUAUUUGUAGAGUACCGAAAAGUAAAUUGGAAGAGGGAAAGAUAGUGGAGUGUGUGAUAUGUGGUUGCAGAGGAUGCUCUGGAUAGUGCAAGUUUAGACUACAACAUGCAAAGACUGAUGUACAAAGAUUUCUUUGAUAGACAAACAGCGGUUCUUUUUAUUUGGAAAUAUGUACACAAUGCCUUGUACUCUGUUAUUGAGAGUUAAUGCCUUGCAGUCAAUCAAACCAUGUAUAUAACGUAUCCAUCUAUAUUGUACCAAAAUGUAAAAAUAAUGUUUUGUUUUCUGAGGCCUACUUCAUUAGUUUUGCUUGAAAAUGAAUGCUUUUGUCAUUGUAUUGGAUCCAUUGUAUUUUUGGCUCUUGUUGUUAAAUCAACAAAUUUGUAAACAUAAGUUUUUACUAACAUUUCCACACAACUGAGGCACUGAAGGAGGUCCACAAUAGGGCCAAAUGUUUGAAAAAACUGAUGUUUUAAAAAAACUAAUGUUUAAAAAAUCAAAGUCAAAAAUUAAAAUAUGGCUGAUCAUCUUGGUUGCA